AUGAGGGAGACGAAAUCAUCGCUGCUCUGUCGCUCUAUUUUCUUGAUGUUAUCCAUGAUAUCUUGGGAGUGUUUGGUGUCUUCAUCCUACAUAAAAGGUAAGAGGUGACUUUUUCCAAGUCAGCCUAUCGCAGGUAACAUCACAUUUAGUUUAGGAAGACAUGUCUUUGGAAAGACCCAUUACAGUCCACUAGUUUUUUGUAAGAUCGUCAUGAUUGAGCGCUUACCAAUCAAUCAAUUCCGUGCUUAGUUAGCUCUGUAGUUACUGAUGCUUCCCUCCGCAACCCUAGGCCGUCUGCGCUCUCUCCUCUCAUCCCACUGUGCAUGCUCCUCUCUCCUCUCCUCACACGCCUGAGUGCCUGCCUUGAAUGCAAACCUCCAGAGCUGUCCGUUUACGAGAGCGUUCGUUAGGAGACAUUCAGACCGUAUUGAAAACCUUCGUUCCAGUUCUUUGAUGCAAUAACUGGUUUCUUUCAAAUUUUUGAACUUCUAUGUCGAACCAAUUACCAUUUCCCACCUCCAGGUGGUUCAAAUCAAAGGAAGACUAUCGUAAACUCGUGGGUACGUUGUUUAGAAAAUAGUCAAACAGUCAAUUAUCAAGUCUGGCUUCCCACAGCAAAUUGCAGGAAAUGAUCAAAUUCGGAUGGUUUAUCCAGGACGGUCUACAACACGAAUCAGUAUAUCUGUAUUUUUAAGUUUAUUAGUUCUUGUUUUUACAAUGUAAAUAUUAUUAGUCCAACAAAAGUAAGUUGAAAGAGUCAUUUUUCUAACAGGGCUACUUUUACCACAGGGAGGCCACACAAUCUGUCAGUAUGAUAUGUUUGUGAGCCGAUUCUUAUUUUAUAAUGCAACGCACUGGAUUUACCGUUUGCCUCACCUAUACUGAUAUAUCGCUAACUAUGUUUAGAAAUCAAUGAUAAAUAAACGUUGAAUUACCUUACCUGUGGUAAGUAGUCGUCCUUUUGCCUCAAAAGCGGUUUUUGAGCGAUUUUUGAAGGAGUUUGAGUUCGCCGUUGACUGUGCCUUAUGACAGAAGGACACUUGUCCUAGGCAUAGUUAGUAGAGGGGUCCCCUCUACUAACUAUGUCCUAGGUAAUUCAACGUUUAUUUAUCAUUGAUUUAUAUACAUAGUUACCGACAUAUCGCUAUAGGUGAGUCAAACGGUAAAUCCAGUACAUUUACUAUAAGGUUCUUCAACAAAAAUGACUGAAUCAGCUACAUAAACAGAUUGUGUGGGCCCCUGUGACUACACCAGGACGGUUACCUGCUAAAAACGAUUCUGUUGAGUUGAUUGUUUAGGGCGCUUUGAAGCUAUAGAUGGUUUUCAUAGUGACGUCAUCAAAUUGUAAAGUCAAAUAGCGAGGUUUUACGAAUUCUUAUCUACACUAGGUUGAAGAUAAACACAAAGUUAAUCUUUGUACAAGUUUCCAUUCCUGUAAGAUGUUUCAUUUCGAAAAUACAGCAAUUUGAACUUCCGAAUUUUCACAAUGCGUGACACCAAAAUAGGAGUGCUGUCUCGUUGAAAAAAAGUCUCUCCUCUUGAUUUUCAGGAGUAUAACCAUUUCAGGUAUUAGAAGAUAUGUUUAUGAGCACAUGCUAGUUCUCGAGUGAAAAGAAAGAGCUUUUAUAGAAAAAGCGAACUCCAGAUGUUUUGUUGAUUUCCGGCGGCCAUAUUGGUGCACCAAAACGGUGUACCAAUAUGGCGUCUCCAUACAAAGCUCUACAAAGGUGCGUGAAAAGUUUCGGCAAAUAAUUCAGAAACUUUGGGCCACAAAGACCUGAGACUUGGACAAAUUGUUUAAAAAUUAGUCUUUUAAAACUUUUCAUUUUCUUGGCUUCUUCCACUGGACGUUUUCCAAUUUAUUUUUUGUUGCGUGACAAUGAAAACGAUCUAUUUGUCUCCUCGUGACAAGAUUUCAUCGAUUGUGUUCGUGAUCCACAAUGAUCUACAGCUGAUAACUGGUUAGUGGGGCUCAUGGAACGACAAAGCUGCGAAAAUGAAAGAACAUUGUCUCCCCCUGGAAACCUCACUUUAACGUUCGCUACCUUCCAAUAAUACUUAACUUUACAACUGACAUAACAAGCAAAUGAGGAACUUACCGGCUGCGGUACAGAAACUGUGAAACUGCUGAAACUGUCCCCCUUUUGACUCUCGACUGCCAACCUCAUUCAAAACAUUCACGAAUGUCUAACCAAGAGGUCGCAUAUUCAAGAAUGCUAAGAAACUCUUCAACAAGUUUAUCGCCAUUUCCUUUUAAAGCGUGUUCAGAAAGAAUCAUAGCUUUUUACUUUCUAGCGCUCACAAAAUUCUCGGAUGAAAAACUUAAGCCGCCAUUUUAAUUUGCAAGCAUGUUGGAUAGGGUGCUACGCAGCGGGAAAUGUGAACUGGUAAAACAGCGAAACAAACUUAAAAACUGCCAAACAAAUUACCGAACCAAACUACCCGAGAAAUCGAGUUCUCCGGAGGCUUUCAAGACUCCUAUUUCUUCUUCAAUUACUACUUUUAGUUAAACUGUUGUCGUUUUUUUUUUCGGCGGAGUGAUGUGGUGUGGUGAACAGGUGACCAUUGUUUUCUACAUCGUGUAAGCCGGCGUUCCAUGGUCUGCUCUAUAUGCUCGCUGUAAUUGUACAAACGCUACUUGAAGAAUAAGCCAAGAAAUUUGAGGGACACGCGGAACUUCACAUAUCGUUAUUUAGAAGUUGCAUCUCAAUGAAUUCUUUUACAAAAAGUAGAUUUAUCGGGACUUAUACCUGGAAGAGUUUCCCUGUUGUCCGACUUUAGUAUCAUUAUAGACCACCUCCCAAAUAAAAAUACCGACCACUAAAGCUGCGCCUUUUUGGUGGUCGCUUACGGGAGGUUCGACUGUAUAAAAAUAAAAUUGCAGGGUGUCUAUUAAUCCCUGUCAUUGUCAGUUAAAUCGUGCGUGACGUGUGAUAAAUUGGUUAUGUUGAGACUUUAAAAUGGUUUCAAACUGUUUUGCGAGUGAACAGGGGAGGGAUGAACUGACAAACACUUCAGCUCUUAAAUUCUGUUUAGUGUAUGCGUACGUUAAGAUAGCCAAAAUUUCUUUUAAUAAUAAACUCAUUUUUCAUGGUUUAAUGUUGGCCUUAUAGUAUCUAAUUUUGAACCACCAUCCGGCCACGUCAGUUCAAGCAAACAUUCUCUUCAGCUGAGUCAGAAUAAGAUCUACUGUUUUAUAAGAAACGAAAUUAUGUCUUUGCUUUGCUUCAGAAAGAAUCUAGUCUCCACGAAAUUAGUCAAGAAAGCUUAUGAUGUUAUAUAAGCCUCAUGGUUGCUUUGGGCAUCAUUGCCAAUUUUCUCUUACAAUCGUAAAAAUUUCAUUUAGUGGAAAUAAACAGUAAUAAUAAUAAUAAUAAUAAUAAUAAUGAUAAUAAUAAUAAUAAUAAUAAUAAUAAUAACAAAUAAGUGCUCAUCGUAAAAAUUAUAUUUGUGUGAAAAAAAGGGAAGAAAGCUUACCAAUGUACCUCUUGAUGGUCCGGGAUGGAAUGAAGCUAAAAAUUGACGACAUAGCCCUUUUUAUGUCGGGGUUUCCUUACUUCAAUGACCUUCAUUCAUGAUUGCAAUUAAACAAUUAACUGUGCAUGUAUAACUAUUUUUCACGAAAUGCAUGAACAGGCCAACAGUGACAAACUAAACAAUAAUCUCUAUGGCAAGACCCAUUGUGUAAAAAAAGAAAAAUUGAAGAAUAUGAUACAAAUUUCGCAACAAGUUUGGAGUAGCUAAUUAAAAAACCUUGUCGAGUGGACUGUGUGUCGGUGUCCGAUAUGACUUUUUAAUCCAAGUUCAGUCCGUGGUAAAUACUGUGACUGGUGCCCUAUUUUGUCUUCACAACUCGAUGUUUUUCUAAGAUAAUUGUUCCUCUAAGAAUUUUUGAGUGACAUUUUGUUAUAUAAGGUUUUUUAAGGGAAAUUUUGUAAAAGUCAUUCUAGAUACAAUGGUUGAGCUGAUACGCUGGCGCUUUCCAAUUCGCUAUUGUCGUGUCUUUAUCGAUAUUUUCUCACGUAUUUUCUAUGACAUAGGCAUUCAGGGUUGUGUAUACGUUAGGUAGCUACCCAACAGGCUAAUCUGAAGUUAAAGUGUUCAGGAUAAAUAAAAACGAACAAACGAAAAAAAGCGAAAUAUGAUGAUUAAACGGACUGAAAAAUAGAAAUAAGCAUUAACUGAAAAGGUACAAUCACUGCAAGUCAUGUAACUUUGCUUAAGACGGAACCCAUCAGGAAAUUGAGUAAUUUCAAUUUUCAGUGAACAAAAGCCUUGUACCAGAAUAAUUUAAUAAACAAUAUCGCAUUCUUUUUUACAUUUCUCAAGGGCUAUAGAUAUUAUAAUUAGUUAUCUGUAAUAACACCAAAGACUAUUUUGUCAAAUUUCACAAGAAUUAUGAAAACACAGGUAAAAUUUUAUGAUUGUGGUAGAUGUCAUUUGUGAAAUUUGACAUUCAUUCAAAAAUUCCUUAUCUUAGUUUUUCUGGUACCUAAUGACCUCAAGGCCCCGGAGUUUCAAUUUUAAUUAAAAUGUUUAACUUUUUAACUUUUUCCACCUAUUCGACAACAACAUAAUAGUGACAAACUAAACAAUAAUCUCUGUUGCGGUGUGUUAAUAUAAAUAAAUGUAAAGUUGUUAGUUAUAAUAAAGUAAUUUACAAAUUUGGUCCAGAAGCUUGAAAAAGUUGAAAAGCUAAUCGAAAGGAUCGUGUGCCAGUGCUAAUCAUUUGACAGCUGCCUCUCUUUAAAGGUAAAAAAACCUUUAUUUUAUUAUCUUUUUUUAAAUUAAUUGACUGUUAAAUGACUGUUCUUCAUGAAACAUGAACGUUUUUGUUCUUGUGGUCAGUUGAGCUGAUCUGGUUCAUUCCCUUCAUAAUCUCGUCAUAUUUAUUUCUUCUUCUUACUGAUUGUAUUAUUCAAUACAAGCAAAUUUAACCAUAUUUAAGGUUAAGACUAGCUGUAAUCUCUGUUUCAGGGUUAAGGAAAAAAAGAAAGUUUCAUGAAAUUACAAAUUUUGCAAGAAAUUUGGAUUAGCUACUCGAGUCGACGGUGCCGGUGCCAUGUGCUCAGUGCAAAUCAUUUUCACGUUACUGACUCCGAAUAUUGGAUGACUAGUCGUCUCUAGCUCUUUCUACUAAGUUUCACUUUAUGUUGUUUCCAAAGCUAAGGGCCACUUAUUUAAACAGAUUUUAACCUGUGUUUAACAAAACCGUGUUCUAUUCCAUUUUCAGUUUGUCCAACGCUUUUAUCUAAACGCCACUUGAUUUAUCGUCAGGUGAGCAAUUUCAAUAAAGCAUAUAGCAUAGACUGGAAAAGCACAUGUUUCAAACCUCAGGUUUCAACAGAGAGAAAAACAAACCUUCGAGGGCUCGUGUUGUAAGACCCUCUUUUGUAGUACUCUUGCUUCUGAUAUUAAUUCUUCGCUUGAAUUUUCCAUUCAACAAUGACUAAAGAAAGGUUCUAAACAGCCGUAAGGAGAGGAAGGAGAAACUUUUGAAGUAAAUGAAACACGCGAAAAUUAAGAUUGUGCUGUGCAUGGUUACACUUUUUUGUUACUAACUCCUUUCUCGUUUAAUUGUUAAAGUAACUAUUAAAAAAAUGGUUGAUGAGUUGUAACUGUAUGAAAAAGUACUGAGUCGGCACCAGGUAAACCAUUUUUAAAGUCCACAACCUCACAACCCCACAACCGCCCGGCUGCGCCCUCGGGAAACGCACUACUAGAUUCAACUCCAGAAAAAUUUGCCAACAUUUGACAAAUUGACAAGGUGGAAUAAGGGUGAGUAAAGUUUGAAUCAGCUCGAAUACACUUUUUAAGCGACGUUUUCAUAGUCGUCGUCGUCGCUGUUGCUUAAGCUCCCUACUUCAGAGCAGUUACGUGGCUUUGUGAGUCUAAGAAUGACACCUAGUUUUCUGAAUCAGUACAAUAUAAAGCAAAUUUUCGUAGAAAUUUAGAGGCACCAGCCAUAGUUACGAAAACGAUUUGCAUUCACAAAUGACACGGUACACCAUCCACUUGAUUGAGCUUUUCGCAAGUCUAAACGUCUUGCCAGUUUCUUAACUUCAACUUUUAUUUCAUUUACAUGAUACGCUGCAAUAUUAAUCCGUUUUUUAGCUAAUAAUGUUAAACAGAUAAUUGUUCAUUGACUAGAACACCCCUGGGUCUUAGAUCCUUAGGUACUAGUAAAUUUUCACAGGGUGAAAUAUUACAAAUAUUCUAUACGAAAAAGGGAAAAUAUAAUGAAGAGACAAUAGCGUAUCUAGCGUUUUUAGCUCAUCCUUUUGACACGAUACUAUCCAGGAUAACUAUCACAAGAUUACACAAAAAACAUUCAGGAUCAACCAAUCAUAUCAAAAUAAAGUAAAGACUGGAAGAAAGAGAUGCACCCGUCAUAAUUACCAGGAUGACUUGCAUGAACACGGACACCGGCAAACCAUCCAUUCGUUUAGCUUUUCAGCUAGUCCCAAUUUCUUGACAAAUUUUAAACUUCAUUACUUUUCUUUUACUUAUGUUAUACCUUGCAACAGAGAUUUGUUUUGGUUUGUCACUAUUACUCUCUCUAAAUAGCGAAAAAAAGCCUAGUUAUACGGUUAAUUAAAAUUAUUCAAUUGCGCUUAUUUAAGGUCAUUAAGUACCAGUGAGGUUCAACUGCGAGCAAGCUCUCCUGGAAAGAGUUUGCUCGCAGGCUACAGUGAGGUUAGAAAACCAGUCACGUUUAUUCUCUAGUACCGGCUAUUAAAAGGAUUAAGUCAUUGUUAAGCUCCAUUCCAUCGCAGACCAGCAAGAGGCAAAGACAAAAAAUCGUCUGUGAACAUUUGGUAAGCUUCCUUCCUUUCAUUUUAGUGUGACUAUUUUACUUAGUACUUUUCGAGAAGUUAAAAAGUUUUUUUUAUUUCGAAUGUUUUAUCAUAAUCAUUAUAAUUAUAAUUUAUUAUUAUUUCUUAUACAACCUAAGCUAAUCCUUAACUAAUCUUAAAUUUCCAGCCAGUAGGAGCGACAGUGGUGAUCUAGCUUCCUUCCGAAGCAAAGACAAUAUUUUUUAGAAGCAGUUUUAUUCUGACUGUGAUUUAAAGUUAAUGUACUUCAGAGAUGUGUGCUUAAUUUUACUUCACCAUGGAAGGCCGGUUUAGCGCUAACCUUGGAGGAGCCGUUAAAUUUUUGAAAAGGGCCGGUUUCUUUUCUAUUGUUCGAAAGCACUUUAUCCGAUAAUGUUCACUAUUUUUUUUUAGAGCAUCCAAUCAUCAAAUUUUAGACUGACAAAAAGAAUUAAAAAAAUGAAUUUGCUUUUUAAGCCAGCUUUUCUAUCUACAAUCAAAUUUUGCAGUAACAUUGGGUUAUCUUCACCCAUUGUAGCUUUCAAAAACCCGGCCCCGCGGGUUGUGAUUAAAGAAAGUAAGGAAAAUCUUUCAAACCAAUGGUUAAUUGAAUAUCUGCAAAUCGAUUCUUUAUUUUACAGUUUUAGUCGAGAAUGAAGGCAACACUUUGAAAAACACACUAUUUUACCUUUCCUGUAUCAUUUAAGCAACACAAUAACAACAGAUGACUAUAAAUGAGCCAAAAUUGUCAUUUAUCUAUCUCGAAUCUAUCGCGUGACGCCUUGAUGUUUGUGACCUAAAUCUUAGGUCAGCAUUGCGAUAUUAUGGAAAUUCGGUCGGCGCCCGCUCGAAAACUUUACAAGAUCCCAGAAAAACAAAACUGUAACUUUUAAGGACUGUAUUUUAGGAAUUUAUGGAAGCAAUAUCAACGAUUUUCAGUCACUACCACAUGCCUUUCCAUCGCGAUGAUUUAACCCUACUUUUGCAUGUCCUUGAAGGGCUGUAAAUGUUCCCUCUGAUUUCGAAUUUAUUUCUUACAGAAAUAACCUGAGACGAAAACUAUCCAUAUAUUUUAAUAAAAAAAAGGCCCUACUGAAUAGUUAUAGCAAAAGAAGACUGGCUACUAUGUUUUAGAUCGAACACGAUUAUUUUGAACAUAGUGAAAUUUUGGGCUGGCGCAUAGUCAAAUACGGCAAAAUUAUUUUUAACCGUUUAUUUCAAAAGAAAAGCGUAUUUCAAAUAACUAGUUCCAUAUUACUGAAGGUAGUACCUUAGCCUUUCCCUGGACAAAAAAUGAGCAGAAUCGAUUUUUUGACUGUGGCCACGAAUUUUCGAUUUUUGUUUGAUUUUUACGGACAUUCACUCUUAAAACGUUCGAAACUGUCCACAAGACGGAUGUCGAGUGGUAGAUUGUUCCAUAAAUUAGGGGCAGCAGAUGAAAAAGCACGGUCCCCUAUAAAGUCAUUUUCAGUUUUAAACCGGAAUACUUUAAUACAAGACCGCUAGCUGAACGGAAGUUAUCGCGCGGCUGUUCUUUAAUAGCGAUCAAAUCAAUUAAGUAACCAGGCGCAUGACCGUAGAUAGCUUUAAAAGUAAGAAGAAGUAUUUUAAAAUCAAUACGAAAUUUGACAGGAGGCCAAUGUAACGAUCAUAGUACUGGUGUUAUGUGACUGUAGCGAGGAACAUUAGAUAUAAGCCAAGCAGCUGCAUUCUGGAAGCGUUGCAGUUUAAGUAGACGAACAGAGGGUAAAAAAUUGAAAAGAGAAGGCUGUUGCAGUAAUCUAUACGACCAAUGAUAAAAGCAUGGACCAAAGUGCGUGCUGAUUCCUGGGACAGAUACUUUCGGAUACGCCAAAUAUUGUAUAUAUGGAAAAAAUCAGAUUUGCAAGUAUUGUGGAUCUGCCCCUGGAGAUUCAAGUUAGAAUCGAACCAUGUCCCUAAAUUUCUUGCCACAGUGACAGGAGCAACGUCAAUGCUUCCUACGGUAAGGCUAUGGAAAGGUAUUUUGUACCAAUCAACAUGAACUCUGUUUUGUCAUCAUUAAGUUUGACCUUAUCCGUAAGCAUCCACGUAGGAAUGUCCGAUAUACAGCGUUGCAUGGCAACGACCGCAUCAGUCUGAUUAGCAGCCGAGUGCUUCACAUAAACAAAAUAGAAAGUAGACGAGCCUUUUUCUUUAGGGUUAGAGGGUACUUGCGCACCCGAAAAAAGUGACUCUAAGAAACUAUUAUCGAGCCUAAGAAAUUUCGAUCCUGAUUAUUUGAAUCAAACUCACUUCUACUCUACACUCCCGAUGUUUCGGAAUUUUAAAGUAAGAAAAUCGUGUUGCUUUUGUUUUCCUUACAACGAAACAGAUGUGAACUCCACAAAGUGGCUACAACCCACCAGAGAUGAGGCCAGAUCAAGUGACAGAGUGCAACCAACUGACCCUGGCUAUAUUUAUAUCAUGAUUAUGGAGGACUGCGAAGGCCACAGUGCGCCACCAUUCGCGAAGAUAGGCUGGACAAGCGAUUACAAUCAACGAAGAAAGACACUUAAUAUUGGAAAUCCUCACGAAUUGACAGUUAAAUAUACCUGGUGGGUUUCCAACAUGAUUGAGGCGGAAAAUGCGGCCAAAGCUAAACUGAAUAGCGAACAGCUUCGCCUUGAUUGUGAUGGAGGAACAGAAUGGUACCGAGUCGAAGAUGAUUUAGAUGAUAUAGACGACUUUGCAAAAAUAGUUGAAGAAGCAAUUAAGAAUUAUACUGAAACGUCGGAACAAGAGGCGGAACAACAGCCGGAAUCAGAGUCGGAAUCAGAGUCGGAAUCAGAGUCGCAAUCAGAGUCGCAAUCAGAGUCGGAAUCAGAGUCGGAAGGAGACCGAGGCUUAGUUGUGUCGUCCAUUAAUCGUGCCCCUAAUCAAGCAGCCGCAAAAAUGGCCACAAAUUGCGGACAUAACAACACAAAAUGGCGACAAGAUCUCAAUGGAAAUAUGUUACAUGUCAAAUAUAAUUGUAAAUGA